UGCCGAGAGAGAUCCCCAGGGGUCGAUGCCUUCCUCUCUCCAGGGCAGUCCACGACAUGAAACCCAGUCGAUAUCAUUGAGCUCAGAAAAAAAGCGUCAGUCGUGCUGGUCUUUUUCCCCCAUGGGACAGAAGCCGAAAGAGACUUUGCACAAAGCCUCCUCCUACCUGCUCCAGCGGCUCAUUCACCGCUCUGUGGAGUCGGACGCGGACGGAGAGGACUUCGAGGACGAGGGCGAAGUGGAAUCCGAGGAGUCCUCAGAGUCCGAGAUGCCGAAUUUGGAGGAGGAAUUUGAUGGGGUCCUGAGAGAGGAGGUCGUGGCCGAUGCCCUUCACCAGUUGGGGCGCUCAGGCUCAGGCACUGAGCAGGUCUAUCUCAACCUAACUUUAUCGGGUUGUGAUUUAAUUGACAUUAGCAUUCUCUGCGAAUAUGUUCACCUACAGAAGUUGGAUCUUUCAGUAAAUAAAAUUGAAGAUUUGUCUUGUGUGAGUUGUAUGCCUUAUCUUCUAGAACUUAAUGCUUCUCACAACAAACUGACUACAUUCUUCGAUUUCAAGGCACCCAAAAAUCUCAAGAAGGUGGAUUUUUCCUGCAACCAGAUUUCUGAAAUGCAUGAUUUGUCGGCUUACCAGGCUCUCACUAAACUAAUUUUGGACAGCAACAAGAUAGAGGAAAUCAGCGGGCUUGAGCUGUGUGGGGCCCUGAUGCACCUGAGUCUGGCCAACAACAAGAUCACGUCAAUUAACGGCUUAGGCGUGCUGCCAAUCAAAAUUCUUUGUCUGAGCAAUAACAAGAUUGAGAAGAUCACUGGUUUGGAGGACCUAAAAGCCCUGCAGCUCGUCGAUCUGUCCCACAAUAAGAUCAGUAGCCUCCAGGGCUUAGAAAAUCAUGACUUCCUGGAAGUGAUCAACCUCGAGGAUAAUAAGAUUGCUGAGCUGAGUGAGAUAGAAUACAUUGAAAAUCUACCUCUCCUUCGAGUUGUCAGCUUUUUAAGAAAUCCAAUUCAGGAAAAGUCUGAGUAUUGGUUCUUCGUGAUUUUCAUGCUCCUGCAAUUAACAGAAUUAGAUCAGAAGAAAAUUAAAGUGGAAGAGAAGGUUGCGGCAGUGAAUAAAUACGACCCUCCCCCAGAAGUGGUCGCAGCGCAAGAUCACCUGACCCAUGUCCUCAACAGCGUGAUGCAGCCACAGAGGAUCUUCGACAGCACUCUCCCUCGCCUGGACGCCCCUUACCCCAUGCUGGUGCUGACCGGUCCUGAAGCCUGUGGCAAACGAGAGCUCGCUCACCGCCUCUGCAGACAGCUCAGCACUUACUUCCGCUAUGGGGCCUGUCACACCACAAGACCACCUUACUUUGGAGAAGGGGAUCGAGUCGAUUAUCAUUUCACCUCUCAAGAAGUCUUUGAUGAAAUGGUAAACAUGGGGAAAUUCAUCCUAACAUUUAAUUACAGUAACCACAAUUACGGACUAAGUAGGGACACCAUAGAAGCCAUCGCAAGAGACGGCUUAGCGAGCUGUGUUCACAUGGAAAUAGAAGGUGUAAGAAGUUUGAAAUAUUCCUAUUUUGAGCCUCGAUAUAUCCUCGUGGUACCCAUGAACAAGGAAAAAUAUGAGGGAUACUUGCGAAGAAAAGGAUUAUUCAGUCGUUUAGAGAUUGAAUUUGCUGUCUCCAGAGUGGACCUUUAUAUUAAAAUCAAUCAGGAGUUUCCAGGAUAUUUUGAUGCAGUGAUCAAUGCAGAUGACCUGGACGUUGCCUACCAAAAGCUGAGCCAUCUCGUCAGAGAGUACCUUGGAUUGUCUGAGGAACCAUCCAAGAAUUUGGCUCCAACUGCAGCAGGAGCUCUCUCUAGCAAGAAGACCUCCUCUGGGGUGCCAGCACACCUGGUUCCGUCCCCAAGGCGCUUGGCAAAACUGCAAGCAGAUGGCCAGUUAACUGAGCAUCACUCUGGAAUGCAGAUUCACGCGCAGGUCCCUGAACACCCGAACCCAGCUCCCUCCCAGAGCCAGGCGCUGACUCGGGAGGGGACACCGCCUCAAGAAGAGCUCCCUCCUGGCAGCCACGGCAGUGCCGAGCCUCCUCCCCAGGCCCGCUCGCCAGCUCUCGACGGGCAGGCCCGAGACUUAUCCCCAGGCCAGAGGGAAGAGGACGUCCAACCAGCAGAUCUUUCUUCCCAGAUCAUAAGUACAAAUCCCCCUGAAAACGAGUCCCGGACAGCCGAGCAAAUAGGGCAGGCUUCCAUCACUCCUUCCCGAGGGCCUUCUCAGCACCCUGACCCACCUCCAGCCCCCGGCCCUCAGCCAGACCAGGAUGAGGAAUCAGGGGAGGCCAGGGUGACCCUCGGGCCCCUGUCCGAGUCUCUGCAGGAAUCUGGCCCAACAUCCCUCAGCCCCCAGAGAACCCAAGAUGAGGAAACUGAGUCAGCCAGUCUGCCACCACACAGUGCCCAUCAUGAGCCUCCAAGAGACUCUUCCCACCCCAACGGGGCCAAAAUACCAGGACCACCUCUGGAAGAUUCUCAGCAACCUCUAGAGGAGGGACUCCCAAGAGCAGAAUUGGUCCGGGUUAGCACACCUUACCCAGAAGUGCCACAUCCUCAGGGCCCAACAAACAUGGAGCAGGCCCAGGACAGGGACGACCCGGUGACUUUGCUUCCCAGAGGCCGGCUGGCUCCCUCCAGACUGCCCCAGCCUCGGGUCCUCGCCCCGCUCCAGAGUCGGAGGCCCACACCCAAACUCCUCUCCCCCAGCAGGGAGGGAGCUUUAGGCACAGUCUCAGACCAAACCCUGACCCCCUCCCCCAGGCCUCUGCUAGCUCAGGAAGGAGACCCCAGUAAACUUCCUCCCAUCAGCCCUCCCCAUUCCAAAAAUAUGAGCCCCCAUCAGGACCACAGUCCCCAGCAAGUCCAGGAAGAAAAGGUCAAGGAGGUGAAACUCCCUCUUAUCAGUCCCCCCAUCCAGGAGCAUGCGCCACAGCCUGUCCCCCAUCCCCCGGAGGAAGAGGGGUCUCAGGUGGUCAGGCUCCCGCACAUUCCCACUUCCUUCUCCGAACAGCAGCCGCCGCCCGGCACAGGGGCUCACAGUGCUUCAAGGCCCACAAAGGAAAGGCAAGCCCCCAAAGCAGGCCACUCCUCCGGCAAGAAGAUUUCAGAUGUGCAGACCUCACCCCCAAACCAAGAGCCAGUGCGGCAGACAGGAGCUAGAAAAAAAAACCUCCCUAUCCAAAGAGUGACGAUUAAAGGACCAGGGCCUCUGAAAAAGGUACCCCCCAGAAGCCAUCGGAUAGCCUCGCAGCAGGAAUCCCAGAGUAAGCUGACUCCCCCAGAGGGACCCGACCACCCUAACCCCAGCCCUCCUCAGAGUCCUCAGGGGACCCAGGGAGGAAAAGCCAACGCACCAGAAAUUCCUGAGCCACCCCACACAGACCCAUUGCCUAGGGAUCCCCAGCUACAAGAAAAACAGGAAAAGGUGCAUCAUUCCAGGAAAAAGACCCGUGCCAGCCUCCCCCCAGAUGACCUGGUUCAGAAGGUAGCUGGGUCCAAAAAAGGACCAUCCUUGAAAAAGGAGAAUUCUGAAGGAUUAUCUCAAGAAAAUGAAGCUACCCUCGGUGGCGGUCAACGGCACAGGGGACCUCUCCAGAAUGACAUGUCCUCUGUGGAGUCAAGACCAGAUGAUUCUGCUCCCGGAGAGUAUCCAGGGAGAAAAGAAGAGGUGCAUCCAAAGGGAAGAUUUCAGGAGAGAGAGCCGUCACUGGGGUCCCCAGGGCAGGGCCCCACCCAGCAGCCUCUCAGAGAGACACGAGCACAUCAAGGGACCAGUCAGACCGGAGAGAGUGCUGUCCAGAGGGACGGUGCUUUUCGGCAGCAAGCCAAGGAGAAACAAAGCCAGAAACACGGAGGUGUGCCCAGGGACAGAAGCUCUGCCGCACCCCAGAAUCGGGUGUCUGCUGAGCAGCCGGACAGCCGGACAGGGAGACUGAGUGCCCGAGGCAGUCAGAGCAGCAAGGUGUAA